AUAUGAUAACUAGAUUUAGCUACACAACGAAUAAAAUCUGAUUUAUAUACUUUUUGUUAUGAAGGUUCUUUAAUUACAAUUUAAAAUGUCUGUGCAUUGGAGUUCAGAGAUCAUGAAAUGGGAGUACAGAGAAUUACAAGCGACUGCAAUGUCCGUUGAUUACUCCGGUAAUAAUGUACUUUUGGCUGGACGCAGAUGGCUUGCUAUAAAAUCUAUUAGUCUAGAAGAUGAUGGAGGCGAUAUUGUGAAGAAAUAUCCACGCCACAGUAAAUAUGACGCAGCUGGUGCUGAGUGGUGUCAAACUUAUCCUGGACAAAAACUCUGUGCAAUUGCAAGUAAUCAACAUGUAGAUGUAUAUGAGUGGCGUGCAGGAAACGAUUUGACAUGCAUAUGUUCUCUCCGUGGGCAUACUCGGGUCGUCAGUGACACACAUUUCCACAGACAGGAUCACAACUUAAUUGCAACUUGCUCAAUAGACACAUUCACAUAUCUCUGGGACUUACGAGAUACAAGAAAACCAAUCAUCUCUUUGAGUGCUGUAGCUGGUGCAUCUCAAGUGCAAUGGAACAAAGUUUCAACACAUUUAGUGGCAACGGCUCAUGAUGGUGAUAUUAAAAUAUGGGAUUAUAGAAAAAGCUCUACACCCCUCCAUUACAUAUCUGCUCAUCUUUGCAAAAUUCAUGGAGUUGACUGGAGCCCUCACCAUGAAUAUCAACUCGUAACAUCUAGCCAUGAUGGUAGUAUAAAAUACUUCGACAUUAAUAAUGCAAGACGACCAGAGAAUGUUAUAAUGACAAAUUUUCCCGUAUGGAGAGCGAUUUACACACCAUUUGGUAGUGGCCUUCUAACUAUUGGGGUUGGAUGGGGAGGAUUGCCUAGAGUGGAGCAGGCUGGAGUCAUAGGAAUUUGGAUAGGGGGAUCUCUUACACACAGAUUAGUUGGGCACACAGACACUGUGCAAACUAUGGUGUGGAGGCCAAAUACAUUGCCCUCUAAUUAUCAGCUUGUUACAUGGGGAAGAGAUCAGACUCUGAGAUUGUGGACAAUGCAUCCAUCACUGCUUAAAAUGUGCCUACAUUACUUACCAGAGGAUACUGAUUAUGAUGAAAAUAAUAGUGACUCAGUUAGUUAUGCAUCUACUGUUAGCUCAAUGAAUGAUCUCUCUCUAAGUGAUAAAGGCCAAGAGAUACAAAUGAAUAAAAUAGUACAUAAAACAACUACCUCAAUAGAUGAAGAGUUUGAAUCAAUUAGAGAGAUGGCUAACAUUGAAGUAACAGAUAUGAAUAUAGAGACGAGAACUUGCCAAAUACAUUCUGAGCGCAACUGUUACACUGCCAACCUACAAGUUACUUUUCCUAGAAAUGUUACUGAACAAACUAUACCCAAAUUUUCUUGGCUGUCAGGAACAAAUGUAGAUAGUACAACUACAAUUAAAAUUUUACAAGCCAUUAAUAGAACUGCUUAUAAAAAAAAGAAGGAGGGACAUAGAUGUCUGUUAUACUGCCUUAAAACAUUAGCGACAUCUAUAGAUGAGAUUCCAGUUAAAUCUAGCGAAGAUUCCGAUUCAAUGAAGUCAAGUCAAAGAAGCCAAUCAGAAAGUGAAAAUGCAGGCGAUUCCUGUAUUCCGUUUCCCAGAACAUGUGGUGCUAAAUGGUGCGGGGUCAGCACUCUGGUGGUAUUCAAUCGACCAGCAAAUGCAAGGCGGUUGUCACUGAAGCAUGAAACUGGUACCCCAAGAUCUAUGUCAUCGCUUUCAUUGACACCAGGUUUAUUUGGGACGGGUUACACAUCUGUAUCGCCUCACGCAACAACAACGCCCUCUCCUACAAAUGCAUCUGGCUUUCCACAGUUACAUCAUAGGCACGCAUCAAAUUCUAUAACAACAUUUUACUUUCAGGAUCGGUGGAAAGCGCAAAGUCGAAGGGCAGGCAGUAUGCGCAGCCGAGGAAGUAUAUCGACUUGUACGUCGCCUCGAGUGGUGCUGUACGUCGCCAACAACCUUUUCCCCCUGAACAGAUCUCUUGCAGAAAAAUAUGUUAUCAAUGCAGAUAAUCCCGUCGACAUGUGCGAAAGAAAUGCUAAGGCAGCUUCAGAGGAAGGAGAAUGCGAGUUGUCGCACGCGUGGGGGCUGGCCGCCCUCGCCGCCAGGUCACUGACCGCGCGCUCCGUGGAGCACCUCGUGUCCAGCGAGGAGAGCAUGGGCUGGGCCGGGCACCCGCUCUGCUGCAACCUCGUGCAAGCGCUAAUAUCACAUUAUGCGAAAUCGUCAGAUCUACAAAUGGCUGCUAUGUUGACUUGUGCGUUUUCAGUCUUCAACGAUACCAUUAACUCUAGUUCUCAAUCUAUCAUUAGCACGUCAAGUUGUGGAAACAGUACGUCGCCGUACAGUACUAUAAAUCAGUAUAGUGAAAUAAGCGCCGAUGGAUGGACAUUACCAAUCAUCCUUCGAAGUAGCUCGUGUUCAGAAGCAGAAAAUUUAAAUACAGAAUACAGUGCGACCAAGUCCGAGCCCACGUCUGCCUGUGUCAUAGACGAGGCGACAGUCCACCUCUAUCACUGCUUUAAGCGAGCUUACGCCGAUGUAUUGCAUCGCUGGCAACUCAUAUACAAGAGAACGGAGGUAAUGAAGCUGGUGCGCGGCAAGAGCGAGGGCGCGGCGGCGGGCGAGGCGGCGUGGGAGUGCGCGCGCUGCGGCCGCACCGUGCGCAGCGCGGCGUGCGCGUCGUGCCGGCGCCUGGCGCUGCGCUGCGCCGUGUGCGGCCGCGGCGUGCGCGGGCUGGCCGUGGCCUGCGCGCUCUGCGCACACGCGGCGCACGCGCAGCACAUGCUCGCCUGGUUUGCACAGCACGAUACCUGCCCGGCUGGAUGCGGUUGUAAAUGCGUUAUUGAAGGCAACUCUACGUGGAAAGGAACGAAAUAUGUUUAAAAUUUACAAGAAUAAUCACUAAUAUGAAAUUAUACAUAUAAUUAAACGUAUAUUAUAUAAUAU